AUCAUUUGCGAACAUUGACUCCGAACGUAAGUCUCCCGGUUUUCGAAUCAUACUCCGCUGUCUCUUCUCCUCCAGCUCGGUUCUUCUUCUUCUCUCAAAAUUCUCUUUUAUUAGGCGCUGAUCGUCUCAACCGAAUAUGUUAUCUAUACGUCAUCUCCUCCUAUGGAUUCUUGCGUUGAAUUUGUUUGGAACGUUGGGAUAUGGAGCUCCUCUGCUCGCUCAAGAUGAAGUGGAGGCUCUUAGGGAAAUUGCAACAACACUCAACAGACCAACUUGGAAUUUCAGCGUCGAUCCCUGCAGUGGUGAACGUAGCUGGGUAACACCUAACACCGACAAGUAUGUCAAUAGCACUGUCAGUUGUAGCUGCACCAGAGUCUGCCAUGUCACGGUCAUAGUACUCCAACGUUGGAAUUUUUCUGGAGUGCUUCCACCACAACUGGCCAGCCUUCCCUACCUCCGCCAAAUAGAAAUUAAUCGUAACUACAUCAACGGUACAAUACCUACACAGUGGGCUUCCAUGCAGUUGCAACGAAUCUCUCUCGGCGUGAACCGCAUAUCGGGAUCAAUCCCAAAGGAACUUGGAAGCAUCACCUCCCUCACCAGUUUCGUUAUCGAGGCUAACCAGCUAUCUGGAGAUCUUCCUCCGGAGCUCGGGAAUCUCACCAACCUAGAGAGAUUGAUUAUUUCCUCAAACAACUUUACGGGGAAGUUGCCUGAAGAACUUGCAAAGCUCUCGAACCUCAAGGACUUUAGGAUAAGCGAUAAUCAUUUUACUGGAAAGAUACCUGAUUUUAUUCAAAACUGGAAACGACUUGAGAGAUUAGAUAUACAAGGAACCAAUAUGGAAGGGCCAAUUCCUUCUGGCAUUUCCCGUUUAGAGAACUUGAUCCGACUAAUUAUCAGUGACAUAAGUGGAAUGGAAUCAGCUUUUCCCCAACUGAGUAAUAUGGCAAACAUUAAGACCCUGAUAUUGCGGAAUUGCAAUAUUAUUGGAGAGAUACCUGCAUAUAUUGGAGAAAUGAGUCUACUGGAUUUGUUAGAUCUUAGCUUUAACAAGUUGGCAGGAACGAUUCCAAGCACCUUUAGAAGCCUACCACAACUGGAUUUUAUGUAUUUGACUAGCAAUUUGCUAACUGGAUCCGUACAAGACUGGAUGAUUAAUAAGCCAGCAAACAUUGAUCUUUCCUACAAUAAUUUUACAUGGGGAAGCCUUGUGCCACUAAAUUGUCAACAAGGAAGAACAAACUUGUUUGGCAGCUCUUCAAUGGGGAACAACACAAGUGGAGCUUUUCCAUGCUUAAAAAAGAUCUUUCCCUGUUCAAAAUAUCAUUAUUCUUUGUAUAUAAAUUGUGGUGGAGAUCGAGUAACUAUAAACAAGAACACUACAUAUGAAGCAGAUCGAGAACUGUCCGGCACUUCAACCUUUGUUUUAAGCGAUGGAAGAAACUGGGCACUUAGUAGCACUGGAAACUUCAUUAAUGAUAACAGACUUAUAGACAGCUACAUAGCAGAAAAUAAAUCCAUGCUAUCUAUGCCUAACUCUGAGUUGUACGCUAAAGCACGGCUUUCUCCCAUUUCCCUCACGUAUUAUGGGCUCUGUCUUCUAAAUGGGAACUACACCAUAAAGCUCCACUUUGCAGAGAUAAUCUUCACAGAUGACAGAACAUAUAGCAGCCUUGGAAAGCGCAUAUUUGAUGUUUACAUUCAGGGAGAACUGGUAUUGAAGGAUUUCAAUAUCAAAGAUAAAGCUGGUGGUUCUGGUCAAGCAGUUGUGAAGAAUUUUACUACUGUUCCUGUGACUAAUAACACUUUGGAGAUCCGUUUCUGUUGGGCGGGGAAAGGGACACAAAUUGUCCCAGAGCAAGGAACCUAUGGCCCUCUCAUUUCAGCAAUUUCUGUGGACCCUGAAUUUACACCUCCAAAAAGUGGCAAGGAGAUCUCUACCGGCGUUGUAGUCGGGAUUGUAGCUUCAGUAUUAUUUCUUUCUUUCUUGUUUUUGGUUUUCCUCUGGAGGAAAGGCUUCCUGGGAUGCAAAACCACAAAGGACAAAGAUCUCAGAGAUUUAGAUCUACAAAUCGGUUUUUUUACCUUAAGAGAGAUUAGAGCUGCCACAGGAAACUUUCACAUUUCAAACAAGAUUGGGGAAGGUGGUUUCGGUUCUGUUUACAAGGGUCUAUUAUCAGAUGGUACUUCAAUUGCAGUGAAACAGCUUUCAUCCAAAUCACAGCAAGGAAGCCAUGAAUUUGUGAAUGAAAUAGGCAUGAUAUCUGCUUUGCAACACCCAAAUCUUGUAAAACUUAAUGGAUGUUGUAUCGAGGGAGAUCAACUAUUGUUAGUUUAUGAGUACAUGGAAAAUAAUAGCCUUGCUCGUGCUCUGUUUGGCCCAACAGAAUAUCAAUUGCAACUUGAUUGGCCAACAAGACACAAGAUUUGUAUUGGUAUAGCAAGAGGUCUGGCUUAUCUCCAUGAAGAAUCGAGCCUGAAAAUUGUUCAUAGAGACAUCAAAGCCACCAAUGUACUGCUCGAUCGGGAUCUUAUACCAAAGAUAUCUGACUUUGGUCUGGCAAGGCUUCGUGAAGAGGAGAAGACCCACAUUAGCACUCGAGUAGCUGGAACAUUGGGCUAUAUGGCACCAGAAUAUGCAAUGCAUGGUUACCUGACUCAGAAAGCAGACGUUUACAGCUUUGGUGUCGUUGCUUUGGAAAUCAUCAGUGGGAAGAGCAUCACAGAUUUCAGGCCAGAGGGGAAUCACAUUCAUUUAGUGGAUUGGGCAUAUGGUCUGCAAGAGAGAGGAAGUUUAAUGGCGCUUGUCGAUCCAAAGUUGGGGUUGGAGUUCAACAAGAAAGAGGCAAUUGCAAUGAUCAAUGUGGCACUCUUAUGCACUAAUGCAUAUCCAGUACCUAGGCCAGCCAUGUCUGCUGUGGUUAGCAUGCUCGAAGGAGGGAGUGAUAUCCAAGAUCCUAUUCCGAAUUCAAGUUUUUCCAGUGAUUAUUUGAAGCUUAGAUCCAGUAGCACUGGUUACCAAGAGUUCCAAAGCCAGAGAACGAAUCCUAGCCUGGGCCAAACCAUGAUGGUGUCAACAGCUCACCUAGAGAUGGCUCUUUUGAGUGAAGUGGAUUCUCAGCCUCUGAAUAACAGAGAGUAGAUGUCAGUAGAUUAUUUUUGCUUUUGGAGUUGUGACAUUGGCAUCUCUCUCUCUCUCUCUCUCUCUCUCUCUCUCUCUCUCUCAUACACACACCCCACAUGGGCACUAGAACCCAUCAUUAUCAUUUCUAGGUGUUUGCUUAAUCAGGAAUUAUGGCUCGUAAAUUGAGAGCCAAAUACAGUUGUGAGGGAAGUCAGUAAUAUAAAUUGUAAUUGUUACAUUUUUAACACUAAAAUUGCCAUUUUUACGGUAA